AUGAUAGGUCAACAAACAUUUAAAGAUAUACCUGAAGCAUUUCGUCUUUUAGAUACAGAUCAAUCGAGCACUAUUGACAUUGGCGAACUGGCUAUUUUUAUGCCCAUCCUUCGAUCAGAAGCGACUCCGUAUAUGCUUCUUCGUCAUAUUAAAUUAUCCGAUAAAGAUGGAGAUUACGAACUGAACUAUGAUGAAUUUAAUGCAUUGCUUUUGGCUGGACUGGGACAAGAUAUUAUUCUCGGACGUACCUGA